AUGAGAAGUCAACUGGAGACUUUUAAGAGAAACUGGAAGCAAUGCCUGAGAGGACGGAGAGUCCUCAGGAAGCCAUUACUCUUCCAUAUCUACCUGGAACUGGAGGCCGCACUUUUGAUGACGGGAAGUGAGAGGUCCUCAAUAACCAGAGCUGAUUCAGCGGCGGAAUGUCUCCUAUCCAGAGCGGUUCGUGGAAGAGGCUCACUCAGCCUUUCAAUUAGAUGCUGGAUUUAG